AUGCCCUCUAAGAAGCAAUACAAUCUCGUGCAUAAUGACGAGUACGACACGAGGAUACCGUUGCACAGCGAAGAGGCGUUUCAUCGUGGAAUUGUUUUUCACGCCAAGUACGAGUUCAAGGCCAAAGGGAUCAAAAAGAAGAAAGUGACGCUGGAGGUAUCGGUGGACGGGCUGAAAGUCACUCUCCGAAAGAAGAAGGUAAUUGCUGUGAUAUUCUACGUCUCCCAUGAUAGCCACGAUUUGAAAAUCUUUAGUUACAUCGCUCGCGAUGGAAGCAGUAACACAUUUAAGUGUAAUGUCUUCAAAUCUAGUAAAAAGGUAAGUGACGUAUAUCAAUAAUUUAUAUCCUUUGUGUAGAUUAUGAGAAACUGUUUUAAAUAUCUGUAA